AUGCGUCUUCAAAGUAUCCUCCUUGCCUCGUUCGCUUCCCUUCUUGUACACGCGCAGAACAACACGGCUCCACAAUGGCCAUGGCAAACCUUCAAAUCACGCCCAGGAUUCGAGCCUCCAUUGCUCUCUAUCAACAAGACUGGUACUACCUCGCCAGGGCAGAUUCUCUUCCCCUUGAGCGGUAGCGAAUCGCACAACUACAGCCUUAACAUUUUCCAAGAAGAUGGUGAACUGGUCUGGCAGUCAGGAUAUGGCGACUAUGCUGCAUUCCGCAGGACUACGCUCUUCGGCGAACCUGUACUUGCCUACUUCGCUGGUGUCUCUUUCAGCGAGCCAUGGGGUUUUGGAUAUGGGAUAAUCUACAUUCUCAACCAACAAUACGAGAACAUAUAUAAUGUCACGCUGUGGAACUCGACAUAUCCAUUGGAGAGCAUUUCUCCCCUGUACGAUCCCACGCAGUAUCAGCCUUUCAGUUGGAUCGACAUGCACGAGAAUCUCAUCACGCCCGAGGGUACAAUGUUCGUUGGAGCCGUGAAUGUUACGCCAUGGGAUCUGUCAUCUAUUGGCGGCCCAAAGGAUGGCUGGGUUGUAGACUCCAUUGUGCUGGAGCUUAACGUGACGAACAGUGAGGUACUUUGGCAAUGGAGCCAUCUCGACCAUGUGAAUCAGAUUUCGCUCGCCAGUGCUGUGCCUACAUAUCCGCUUGGCGACCUAGGCAGGAACAGCAGUUAUCCUUGGGGACCGUUUCACAUUAAUUCUGUGGAAAGGUUUGCCGACGGUAGUUUCUUGAUCUCGUCAAGACAUUACUGCUCCAUUUUCAAGGUCAACCGCAACGGAACGGUUGAGUGGACAUUGAAUGGUUAUUCCGGAGGCGACUUUACUCUCAUGAACAACCUCUCAUUCUGCUAUCAACACGACGCGCGUCUACACCCUUCUCAACUGCCCAACACGACCACGAUCUCCCUCUUCAACAACGACAACAGCGCAGUUGUAUCUCAUGUCAACCAAACUACCGGUAUAUUUCUUUCGAUUGAUGAGCACAACAUGACCGCGUCGUUGCUACAAGAACUCGUCGACCCCCAAGACGCCAUAUACUCGGUCAGCCAAGGCAACAUGGAAGUGCUCCCCUCCGGUAACAUCGUAAUGGGAUACGGAAGCGUUCCAACGAUGAAGGAGUUCGAUAAAGACGGCAAUGUAGUGCUAAGCGUAUCCUGGGGCGAAGCGGAGGCGGUACAGAGCUACCGCAGCUACAAGGCCGAGUGGGUUGGCAAGCCUAGCUCGAAGCCGGAUGUAUACGCGUGUAAGUCAAGCAAUGGUACGGAAGUCUACAUGAGUUGGAAUGGUGCUACUGAGCAUCGGGUUUGGACUGUAUUUGGCGGUAUAUCCAACAGAAGCUUGAGUGAGGUUGUCAGCGUUAACAAGACUGGUUUCGAAACAAUAGCAGUUGUGACUCAAUCACUCGGUUUUGUAAGAGUGGAGGCCAGUGGAAGAGGGAUUAAGAAUGGCGUCUCAAACGUCGCUGGCGUAGUUGAAAUGUGCUAG